UUUAGGAAAAGAUAAACAAUAUGGUGGACGAUAGAAAUGUCUGAAAUUUUUUUGCAAUAAAAAAAUGGAAAGUCUUCACAAUUCCGAAGACUAUGACAUUGCAGUGUCAAAAGCUUGCCUCUCAGGCAACAUUGAGGAAUUGAAGCUGUUGAUCGAACAUGGCGCUGAUAUCAACGUGCGUGACCGAUCAAGGUUCAUCACACGAUUCAAAGGAUUCUCAGUUCCAGUACUCUUCAACGCUGUAGAGCAACAACACGUGGAUGUUGUAAAACUUCUUUUAAAACAUCGAGCCUCGGUACAUAACUUGGAUAAGUUUGGUAGAAGUGCGUUGCACAUUGCAUGUGCUGUUGGAAACAGUGUGAUUGUGCAGUUAUUGCUUGACUAUGGCGCAAAUGUGAAUCUUGGGAACGCGAAUCGUAAAUGUCCAAUCCAUGUGGCUUCCACUUGCGGCCAUACCCAGAUUGUCAAACUACUUCUUGGGUAUGAUUCUGUUGUUAAUGUUAAUGACAUGCAGGGUUCCACACCGUUAUAUUGUGCAGUGGAGAAUGGACACACAGAUGUAGUUGAUGUCUUGCUAAGUUACGGAGCUGUUAUCCAUAUGGAUAUUGAAACUUUCAACCACAGCCCUUUACUAAUAGGUUAUCAGAAUUUUCACCUUGGUGCUGUCAAAUGUCUCCUGGCACAGCCUGACAAACUAAGAAAUGAAGAGAUUGGCCAGAUUGUUUCAAAACUUCAUUUUAGUGCUUUUCUAGGUGAUAUAGAUACACUACUGACAUUGCUUGAUUCAGAGUGUGAUAUCAACUCCCAAGAUGUAAUGGGAAGGACAUUACUCCAUAUUGCAUGUAAAAUCGCAAACAUGAAGCUGGUAUACUUAUGUCUGACAAAAGGCAUUGAUGUUAACAUUGAAGACAAUAAAGGAAUGAGUGCGCUGUAUUAUCUGUGCGAAGGCAAGUGUAAAAGCUUCCACAGUUUACAGCAUGUGGACGAAAUGCUUGUAGAAAAUUCUUCGGGGUUUUGUGUUCAUGAAACAGAUUCUGAUCAAGUAAACUCUGAGAGCUGCCAGACUAAGAUUGCAAAGUUCCUGUUGGAUAACGGUACCAAAAUUCAUGGAGUAGAUUCUGAGUUGAGCCGUGUUGGAUGGACUCCUAUUUGUCAUGCUUGUUACAAUGGGAACCUCAGUCUUAUCAAACUUUUGAUUGGACGUACAUGUACUGCGGACAUUGAUAAUGGAACUGAGCGAUUUCCACUUCAUACUGCCAUUAGCUCACAUAAUCCUGAAGUUGUGAAACUUUUAGUCGAAAGCGAGGCAAACGUUAACAUGUUUGGUAGUAACUUUGAUAAAUCAUUUAGUCCGUUGCAUUUGGCUGUGCAUUUUGGUCUGGAGGACGUGACAUCAGUUUUACUUGAAGCUGGUGCAGACCCAAACCUGAGAGAGGGCAACACGAACAGUACACCUUUAAGUUUUAUCCAAAAGAAAUCUGUGCCAAUUUGUAAACUCCUCCUUGCAAAAGGAGCGAAUCCAAAUGUAGCAAAUAAAUUUGGCAAUACGGCCCUACACGAUGCUUGUAGAUUGAUGUGGGAAGACAAUGACUUGGUUAAAAGUUUGGUCGAAGGUGGCGCUGAUGUAAACCUGGUCAAUAAACAUGGCCGUGUCCCAUUGCAUAAUGCCUGUGAAAAGAGCCAUUCUAAAAUUGUCAUGACUUUGCUCAAGGCUGGUGCAGAGACAUAUGUACGAGACACUAAGGAUGACACGCCCUUGAUGAUGUUACUGAAUAAUUAUCUAGCCCUUGGUAAAUUGUCGUCCUCUGUUGUUAUCAGCGCAAUGUUGCCACUGCUUAAUGCAAGUUGUCCUUGGUAUCUUUGGGACAAUGAGAAUAGCAAAAGCCGGAAAUUAUUGAUGCAUUUGUAUGCUUAUUGUAGACAUAUUUUGAAAGUCCUGAUCCCUUUUGGUUGUGGGAGUUCCGUCCAUAUCUCUCCUCAUCGAGACAUUCUGCUGACAUUAUGCGGAAAUAAAGACUAUGAAAUUCUCUCAAUGAUGAUGGAAUGCGGAUACAACAUAUCCGAAACAGAAUUAGUGGAGUUUUACAGCGAUACACCAAGUAAUCAGCCGUUGAUACAAUCACUGCGUAAUCUGUUUUACUGUAAAUCACUCCAGUCAUUUUGUCGUUUGACUGUACGGCGAAGAAUCUUCUCUUCCUUUAAAAGAGGUGAUUUCCUUAACACGCAGAUACAGUGUUUGCCAAUUCCUGGGAAAUUAAAGGAAUUCAUCUUGCUCAAACAGUUUGUAUAGGCCUGGUGACUGGUUACACACAUACUGUAAACCUAUUGUAAAAAACACUCCAGUUGGGAUGUGAGUGGAGAAAGAGGAUGCCUUAAACUUGUCUGAACCCAGAUGUUCCGGUAAAAUGAGUAACAGGAGGGGCCAUAUAUGGAGAAGGGGGUGUCUUCUUCCAACUGUACAAUGAGGAAGAAGUCGGUGACAUGUAUGGAGAAAUGCUUGCAUAUUUCAAUAAGAGGGGGGGGACAUAGGUACCACAGUGAAUGUGAUUAAUCUGAAUCCAAAAAUCUAGUAAAACAUAGUGUGCUGCUAGUAGGGCCGACUGCUGCCAAUUCUUGCUCCUUUGCGAAAUUGCAAGAACACCAAUGUAUAUUUCUUAUAUGGAAAUAAAAUUAUCUUUAUGA